AGACGAUAUACAUAUAUACAUUUUCUUCUAUAGGAACAAAUGGACGAUGAUAAACCACCAUAUAUAGUACUCGGUGCAUAUAUUAACUCGUAUAUUUUUUCCUUUCCCUUCUUCUUCUUCUUCUUCUCUUUCUUUCUUUAUAACUUUAUUCAUUUCAAAUACAUGGGCUUACUCAACUUCAAAAAGUCGUCCCGAAAGCAAGGGCAAAAGCCUUCUCCGACAAACCCUGUUACCGAGCCAGAUCGAGCCUCUAUUCUCCUUCAUGAAUUCAAUUACUCUUCCCCUACUAUAAUUCCGAAGCCAUCGGAAACGAGCUUAAUGGACGAUAUAAUGCAAGAAUUGGCUGCUACAUCGUUUGCUACACCAAAUGAUUCAAGCCGACCUAUUUUCCCUGUUCGCUCUUCGCCGCCUACUCCAAGGCCAUUGAGGACUCCUUUAUUACAUUUUGAUCAAGCUCCACAGAGUCCUUCAUCUACGAAUUCCCCUACUACACCCAAUGAUAAUACACCUGUUGUUCCUACUAUUCCUGCUGUUACAUCUGCAUCAGAGGCAAGGGUCGUGCCUCCUAGACCCCUUAUUUCGUUCACCAAUCAGCCAAAUAUUCAUAGUGAUGAUGACGAUAGCGAUUCUGAUUCAGAAGUGCAACAACGGCCUCAAGUUCAACCACACCCAGUGCUUAGACAAAGGCAUUCUGCACCUCUCUCGAAUAAAACAUUGAUGACUCGUAUGAAAGAAAGGCAUCGACAAGAAGUCAGGAAGACAAUGGCUUCCUUUAAACAGGAGGGAAUCAGUCCAUCGCCCUCUAUGCCUGUGAUGUUUUCUGAAAAACCUAAAACUCUUGUUCAAUCACAAUCAUUUAUCAUACCUAAUAAUAACAAUCCCUUCCCGUCAGUACAGCCUCAGGGCAGGCUUGUUCGAUCGACAUCUGUUCUAACCAACAUGAUGCCAAUCCAGACACAGUCUGAUAUAACUGUAUUGACAAGGCAUCCGCCUUUACCUUCAUCCCCUUCAUUCAUUCGCCAGUCUUUUGUUCAAUCACCCGUGCAUACGUUGCCUGUGACAACCGAAGAAGAUGAAGAAGAACAAGUGUCUGCAGGCAGUAAAAAAUUCCAGAUCAACCGGUCCGUUUCUGCAUACCCUAGUUUCCCUCAAGCAAUGCAAGAACAACAGCAGAUAAUAAGACAACAGCAGCAAGAAGAAAUGAAAUUGAAAAUUGAACUACAAGAGAUAAAAAGACAACAGGAACUACAGUUCCAACAGGAGAUACAAAGACGACAGCAGCAGGUCAUUGUUCAGCAGCAACAGCAGUUACAGCAGCUACAACAGCAGCAGCAGCUUAUGAUGCAGCAACAACAGUUUCAGCAACAGCAGCAACAACAACAAAUUUUAUUACAGCAGCAGCAAAUCCACAAACUGCAGCAGUCUUCACUUGAGAUGGCUAAAGCAGCAGCAACGGCAGCAGCAGCAGCAGCAGCUUCUACAGCUAGUCAAAAAUCUAAGCCAGCACAUCGUCCAUUAUAUGAACGAAGCAGUGGCAUUCAUAAACACAAGCAGAAUGGCCAUGAUGCUCACCAUCACAACCACCAUCAUCAUCAUGAUCACCACUGCAGUCAUAAUAAUAGUAACAGCCCUAAUAAUAAAUUGGUGGUUAUGCCGCACGUGGUUCCCUCAUCGCCAUUUACCCCUGAAUUUGUAAAAUAUCAAAAUGAAAAUAACGAUGAUGAAGAAGACGUGUAUGAUGAAGAGAGUCUAUUAUCACCAACGACAGUCAAGGUCAAUAAAUCAGCGAGGUCCUCGACAAGUACGCUCAUACUGAAAGAAGAGUCAAAUGAACAGAUGGAGGAUAAUGAAAAGACGAGUUUUAAAUUGCCGAUCAAACUGAAGCGAGAAUUGGAAGACAUGCAAUUAAGUCGUUCCAUCUAUUCUGUACCUAAUUUAUCAAGCUUGUUGGCCGACGUUCAGCCUGGCUGUCAUCGCGUGUGGGGGGUGAUGGAUGCGUUUGGUACAAAGAGUGCUAUAAAGAAAGAAACCAAGACAGCCAAGGAGACGACUGCCGUGGCAACAGGUGCGCCCGUGUACUUGUAUUAUCUGAACGAUUGUCAUCAUAAUCAUCAUGCACAUCAUUGCCACAAGGAACACCAUAAGAAAGUGCACAAAAAGCACCACCACUGUCACCGUUCGUCAUCAAAGUAUACACUUGUUGAAGAUGGUGCAGUUGGAGCAUAGCCCCAAAGGAUAU